CGUCAAGCAGCGUGUUGAGAGGUGCGAUUACUGCAUCCGUGUCUCGGUGGUCUCGCAUGCAGAUACGCGCGCGAGCAGGCAGCCGCUAUACACACACACACAUGGGUCCACCAGAACGGCACACACACAGACAGACAGACAGACAGACAGGCGGUCGGGCGUAAGGGGCAUCCAUCCAUCUAUCCAUCAUGGUGGCCACACAAGACAGACAGACGGACGGACGGUCUCUGUAGGCGACGAGAAAGUGAGAGAGAGAGGGAGGACUAUACACACGGACGGAGACCGUCACACCCACGGCGAGCACACAGCCAAGCCACUCCACACAAGUGUCAGUCAACCCGUCAGUCAUGUCGUACACACAAGUUGAAAGGUCUUUACAUCCAUCCAUCCAUCUGUAAGAAGAGAGAGAGAGAGAGAGAGAGAGGCUCCAGCCAGCAGCCAGCCAGUCAUCCACCCACACACAUCCGCGCACAAACACCCACACCCACAACCACGCCGACACACAUAUCAUGGCUUGCAAGGACAAGCACAAGCGGGCCGUUCGCUUGUCAAUUCUCCCUCCCUCUCUCCCAUGCCGGCAUGCAUUAUGAUACUGACUUACAUGGCAACGGCGAGAGAGGCGGGGCAAGGAAAGAAAGGUCUGAAGGGGAGGAAGGAGUGACAUCUAAUGCAAUUCCUAGGUGGGCAGCCAAAGUCCGGUGGGAUAGCAGCAGCCAGGUAGGCAGGCAGUAAGAUGGGACGGGCGCGGCGCAAUAUAUGGAUGGCAUGUGGUGUGGUGUGUAUCCUACCUUCUUUGCUCGCUCACGCUUUCCCAGCCAGCUCGGUCCUUCGGUUACUCGUCUACAGAGGGCUGCAACACGCCCUCGCCCUCCUCUCCACCUCCCCCUCCCUCUCCCUGUUUCUCCUUUUCCUCUCCUGUGUCCUCCUGCUGCUGCUCUGGUGUGUGGAAGGGAUUACUACAGGCCACCACCCGACCGCCGCUCUCGCCCUCCCACCCCUCAUCAGUCACCCGGCUCUCCAACGCCCCCGCCUCGUUGCCGAUGCUGGUCGACCGGGUGGAGACAGCGUUGGUGUGGGUUCGGCCCCUCUCCACCGUCGUCUCGGCCUUCUCCUUGUCUGGGUGCAUGUGUGGGUGUAUGUGAGGGGCCGACGGGCCGUCGUCGGUGAGAGAGGGGGGUAGCGGCAGCUUGGCUGAUAUGUCCAGGCUGCUAAACGACACCAGCCGGCGGUCGGGGUGGCUCCUCGCCCGCUUCGGAUCCGACACAGCCAUCACCUCGCCAUCGCCGUCCCAGUCGAGCAGAGGCUUCCUCUCGUCAGACUGGCUGUGAGGGGUCACUGGCCGAUUGCCCUCCUCCUCCGGCUGCGGGAUCGACAGCGUGACAAUGGGCGGAAGGGGUGGCGAUCCCUCAGGCACCCCACACGCAGACGCCAGCUUGGGUGCUGGUGGGGGUGGGGGUGGGGGCGGCGGAUGAGGAGGGGGAGAGGAGGCGAGGGGCUUGCGCGCCGACGAGCGGUCGAAGGAGAGGGACCGGACUCGCGCCUCCUUGUUAGUCUCCCGCCUGCCCCCCGACACACACGUGGCCGCCACCUGCCGAGCAGUCGCCCUCCUGUCCUCGCCAUCCCUACCGCCGUGUUGCCCCCCGCCACCGCCCCAGUGGUGGAAGAAACCUAUCAUGGUCUGCAGCAGCCGAGACGACGCAUUCCCCCUGUUGUUGUGGUGAUGCUGCUGCUGGUGGGGGUCCGUGCCGUUCGGCACCGAGCACCGGAUGGGCGGGCUGGCAGUGGUGGGUGUGUAGGGCUGUGGGGAGGGCUGUGGGAGCGCCGGGGGGCUUAUCGGCUUGGCUUUGUCAUUGCUGGUGGCGUUGUUGUUGUUGCUGCUGCUGUUCUGCUGUGUCUCUGCGGUGCCGCCGGUGUCUGCGGAGAAGCAGGGAGGGGAGGGGGGCGGGCGGAUGGAUGCCGUGGCGCUAGACGACAUGGAACGGGCAGGCUGAGCGAAUGGACAGACGGCAGGGAAGCAGACGGAGGGCUGUGUCCAUGUGUGUGUGUGUGUGUGUGUGUGUUUCAUUCUGCGGAUCGGAUGUGUGUCUUACGGGUGGCUGUGGGUAGGCGACCAGCCGUUGGGAUGAGAGCAGAUCCGCUGAAGACCUGCACCUUGGCAGCGACUGCUGCUGCUGCUGCUGCUCACGCGACAAGACCUUCGCCCCACGACCGGGCGGACGCACCAGACGAGCCUGACAACCAACGAGGCACAACGACACAUGACACGCGUCCAGAUCUCCACAGUUAGGUAGGUAAGUAGAUGUAUGCAUGCAUUGUUGAUCUCGUCUGUCUCAUCUCUCCUCACCCCCUCUGUCUCGUCAUGUGUGCCGUUGAUCAUCGUCUGCUCGGCUGCUGCCCCUCCCGCCGCGCCUAUCCCCGCCCCUCCAGCUCCCUUGCUCGGCCUGCUCUGCGGCGGCAAUGGCGGCCUCGAGCGACACGACAUGCGCCCCUUCCUCACCACCCCACUCCCACUCCCACCACCCCCACUCGCACCAUUCGCCCCCUCAGGGACAUCCCCAUGCAGCGCCCCUAGCUGCUGCUGCUGCUGCUGCUGCUGUCCGCCAGUCACUGCCCUCUUAUGGCUGUUGAUGGCCGGCAGAGACAGCCGCCCCCUCUGCAUCUCCCUCUCCCUCUCCCUCUCCCUCACGGUGGAUGUGUCUUCAAAAAUGUCGAUGUCGUGGAACUCCUCCAGGUCGUCUAGCAUCAGGUCGUCUGCAACUUUGUUGUUGCUGCUGCUGCUCCUGCUGCACCGGCCGCUGAGGGAGACGUCCAUGAAGUUGGCGAUCCGGAUGGAGGGCCCCUGCCCCUGCUGCUGCUGCUGCUGCUGUGUGGGGGCGGGGUGGGUGAUGGGAGGCAGCUGCUGCUGCUGGUGGUAGUUCUGCUGUUGGCUCUGCUGCUGCUGCUGCUGCUGGCGUGCGAAUGGGAGGGGCGUGAGGGGAGCGAGUGGGGCUGAGGGUGAGCGGAUUGGGAGGUGGUCCAGGUCGUCAUCCAUCGACAGCGAUAUGUGCGGCCUGACAUCAAGAGCGAGGGAGGGAGGGAGGGAAGGGAAAUGUGUGGAUGUGUGUAUGGUCUUUCUCCUGUUGGUAAUUUGCGUGUUGUGUGUGUGUGUGUACCCUCCAGGUCCGCGUGUGAUGGUGAUGAGGUCCUCUGGCCGCGUGAGCCACGAGUGGAGAUGCUCCUCUAGCAGACGCAACUCCUGCACACAACAUCCACACACACAGACACAUCCGGCACAGAUGGCACAGAUGGCACGGUGCUAUCUUAUCUAUCUGUCGCUUCAUGUGUGUCGUGUGUGACGUGCAGGUGAGGUGUGUACCUCCGAUAGUUCCUCGAUGGUCGGCUGCUCGAAGAGCUUGAUCUUCUUGCAGCUCACGUGCAGACAGUGCCUGCAGAUAAAUGGAUGGAUGGGAAGGAGAGAAGAAAGGAAAGACACACAAGACAACAAGAGAGAGAUCCGCCGAUACAUCUAUCUGUCUGUUACGAGGCCCUCCCUCCCCUCCUGCGUGACGUGACUUACCUCUUGAUAUGGUUGGUGGCGUGCAUCUCGUAUAUAUCGUCCCCGAUGGCCACCAGCCGCGUCACGCCCUUAAGGCGAUGCACCUCAGACAGAAACGUGUUACACUGAUGGAUGACCCACACAAACCAGACACCAAAGAAACAUCCAACCCCUCCAUCCGUCCACCCAUCCACACAUCAGAUGCCCCUCCCCCUUCCCUCCGCUCCGCUCUUUGCUCCCCCACUACUUUCUCCUCUGACCUUCCACUGUGCGAUAUCGUUGGCAAGGCACUGUCCCGCAGCCGCCAGGUUGCCGCUAUCCUCCCGGGCGCUGAUCCGCCGCACCCCCCUCUCCCUCAGCCACCCCUGCAGCACCGGCAUGAACUCACCGAGGCUCGUGUCCAGCCAGUGACGCGUGGCGUUGGACACCACCACCAGGGAGCCGAAACGCGACGCCACCUCGAGCACACGGAUGGCCCGCUGCUCCAGCCGACGCAGCUCCGCCAGCAGCUGCUCAUGCAAUUGGCUCAGCCGGUCUAUCUGAAGCCGCCUGAGGCCGGACCUCGGAAAGAUAGUGUCAUCUGCAACACAAAUGCCACCACAAAUGCCGUCAGAUAGCAAGAACAGCCCAUUUGCAAUGGAGAACGUGAUAAAGAGGCCUUUUCUUCGUUAUUUUUGGGUACCCCAGUCCCAUAUGAGGAGGUAGGGGGGGUGGUCGGUGGGCAGGGCGUCGCCCACAGCGGCGGUGAUGCUCGUGGAGCGGCUGCUGUCGUUCGAGCAGGCGGGGGAGGCCGCCUGCCCGUCGGUAGGCUCUCCUGCACCAUUGAGCUCUUGUUUCUUGGGCUCGGCCGCAUCCUCACCACCAGUAUUGGUCGUCAUACCGACCUACAAACCAUCCAAACGAAAGCGGACGAAAACU